CUCGGGGACUCGGGGGACCCUCCCCCCUCGCCCUCCCGAGAGCGCAGAAUGACAAGGCCUGUCAGCCAAUAGGAAGCGGCACCGUGAUGACUGGCGGGAGUUGCGGCCUAUAGGCUGCGUGGGGGCGGGCUCCAGAGGCCGCGGCUUAUCCAAUCGGUGCCGGAAAAGGUAGCCGGAGCCGGGCAGAAAGUUUUCUCCCUUAAAGGGCCCGCGGCGCCCUUCCCGGGGGUCUGCCCCUAGGACGGGGCGUCGGAGCGCCCGGCACCGGGACCCGGGCGGGAGCGGGAGGCCCGGCGCGGAAGGGACCGUCAGGCGGCGUGAUCUGAGGGGAAGCGCCUCGGGAGGCGGAGGACCCGAGCUCGGAACCCCGGGCCGGCGCGCGCUCUGAGCCUCGGGGUCCUCGCUCCCUGAGCGCCUGCCGCGCGGGCGCCCGGCCAGGGGCGGCGGUGCCAGAGUCCCGGGCGCUCAGCAGCUGGCCGGGGCCGGGUGCAAGCCGCUUAGCGCCGCGCCGGGGCCGCGCAGCCAGGCUGGGAGCCCCCUCCUCUUCAGCCGCCCUCCGGAGGAGAAGCAGACGUGAAGCGCCUACUGUGUGCUCCGCCCUGGGAGCGAGCCACCGAUGGAUCCCUGCAGAGCGAGGACUGGUCCCUCAACAUGGAGAUCUGUGACAUCAUCAACGAGACAGAGGAGGGCCCCAAAGAUGCCUUACGUGCCCUGAAGAAGAGGAUCGUGGGAAAUAAAAACUUCCACGAGGUGAUGCUGGCGCUCACGGUCCUGGAAACCUGCGUUAAAAACUGUGGCCACCGCUUCCACGUCCUGGUGGCCAGCCAGGACUUCGUGGAAGGCGUCCUGGUGAGGACCAUCUUGCCAAAGAACAACCCGCCCACCACCGUCAGCGACAAGGUGCUGAUGCUCAUCCAGUCCUGGGCAGACGCCUUCCGAAGCUCGCCCGACCUGACGGGAGUCGUGGCUGUCUAUGAAGAUCUCCGGAGGAAGGGUCUGGAGUUUCCCAUGACGGACCUGGACAUGCUGUCCCCCAUCCACACGCCCCAGAGGUCCGUGUACGGCUCCGAGCCCCAGCCAGGACAGAAUUCCUCAGUUCCGCAGUCCGCCCAGCGCACAAACUCCCAGCAGCAAGCCGCGCCCCUGCCGAACGUGCCGUCCGCCCCCGACGACGUGCCUGUGACGCCAACGCCGGAGCAGAUUGGGAAACUCCGCAGCGAGCUGGAGGUGGUGAAUGGGAAUGUGAAGGUGAUGUCAGAGAUGCUAACCGAGCUGGUCCCCGGGCAGGCCGAACCCUCGGACCUGGAGCUGCUUCAGGAGCUGAACCGGACAUGCCGAGCGAUGCAGCAGCGAGUCCUCGAGCUGAUCCCCCGGGUCCUCAACGAGCAGCUGACCGAGGAGCUCCUGCUCGUCAACGACAACCUCAACAAUGUGUUCCUGCGCCACGAACGGUUUGAGCGGUUCCGAACGGGCCAGCACAACAAGGUUCCAAGCGAGGCGGAGCCAGCGGCCAACCUGAUUGACCUGGGCGCCGGUUCUGCCCCCGCGGGGCACCCGCCUGGAGCCCCCGGCGCCCUCUCCUCCCAGCUGGCCAGCAUGAACCUGGGCGCCGGCAGCGUCAGCGCCGCACUGCAGUCCCUGGACACCUCGGGGAAGCUGGAAGACGAGUUUGACAUGUUUGCCCUGACCCGGGGGAGCUCGCUGGCAGACCAGCGGAAGGAAGUUAAGUAUGAAGCCCCCCAGGCCAAGGACGGACUGGCAGGAGCCCUGGAUGCCCGGCAGCAGAGCACUGGAGCGAUGGAAGGCGGUGGAGAGGAGGCCCUCAGCACCUGGAUGGCGAGUCAGGGAAUGAUCCCGGUCACUCAGGCCUCCCUCAUGGAGGACAUCGAGCAGUGGCUUUCCACCGACGUGGGAAACGAAGGAGAGGAUUCCAAAGGCGUCACCAGCGAAGGUAAAUUUGACAAGUUCCUGGAAGAACGGGCCAAGGCUGCCGAGAGGCUCCCCACGCUCCCCAGCCCCCCGGAGGGGUCGCCCGGCUCCGCCGCCCAGAAGAAGAAAGACCAAGAGAGUGACUCCCUCUUUGCCUUGUGAGCCCCGGGUCCGAGGGCACUGGAGGCCCCCUUCCUUUCACCUGCUAGGCUGGGGCUGGGAUGGGCCCCCGGGGCCUGCCCUUCCCCCUCAGCGUUGAGGCUGCUUUGGGACGGUGCCUUAGCUUUUAUCCCAGGGGCAGCUUGGGCCGGGCCA